AUCCACAAACGAACAAACAACCCCUCUAUCCCCCUCUCUGCUCCCUGCACCAUACAGUAAAUAAAAGUAUAAAUCACACUCUGGAAAAGAAUGCAUUUACUCUGCUUUUUCUUGUUCAGUUCAGUUUGAGUUGAGCCCAGAAGAAUCUAGCUAGACCUGAGAAACAAGCUCAUAUAAUUGUAAACCAAAUCUAGCAGCACUAGAUCAUGGAGCUGGAGCAUCUUAAGCAGUGGACAGAGCAGCAGAAGCAGAAGCAUGAGGCAGAGCAGCAGUCAGACUUAACAAGACUACUUCUGAAUGACUGUUACUACCAGCAGCACCAUUCUAACUGUUCAGAGCUUCCUUUGUUUACUACACCUGCUCAGCAAACAAAACCCAGCCUCCAUUCAGUACCCUCUUCUUCUAGGAUGAGGGGAAGUAGUGGCUACUUUAGCAUGGAUCAGUGGCAGGAGCUUCAAGUGCAGGCAUGCAUCUUCAGGCACAUCAUGGCUGGGGCUCCUGUUCCUCCACAGCUACUACACUUGGUUAAAAAGAGCCUCAUUCUCAACUCUCAUUCUUCUUCUCCAUAUUAUUAUUCCUCCCCUUAUCACUCAGCUUUAUUGCAAUCAGGGGGGUAUUGGGGAAGAGGGGGCAUGGAUCCUGAGCCGGGGCGUUGCAGGAGGACUGAUGGGAAGAAAUGGAGAUGUUCCAAGGAUGUUGUGGGUGGCUACAAAUACUGCGACCGUCACAUGCACCGCGGACGCAACCGUUCAAGAAAGCCUGUGGAAAUUCCCACUCCUCCUGCUCCAAUUGCAAGUAACAACCACAUCACUACUAUCAACAACACUACUCAACCCUUCCUUAAUUCCAACACAAAUCCAUCCAUUCCUGCUCAGGCACCGACACCCACCACUUUCGGGCUUUCCAGGCCUUCACAUUCUCUCGAUCUGCUUCAUCUCAAUCAUAGGUCCUCUGAAAAUAAGUUGUCUGAGGAUGAUUUCUCGGCAAGUCAGAUCCUACGUCCUUUCUUUAACGAUUGGCCAAGGUCUGCUCAAGAAUCGGAUAACAGCUUAAACCUCGAUAGCCCAGGGACCUCUCUCUCAAUUUCAGUUCCUGGAAAUCCAUUAGCAGAUUCUUCUUUGAAGUUGUCCGCAGGUGCUAAUGGAGUGAAUUAUGGACCUCAAGCAAGUGAAGAACGAGAGCAACCCCAAUUACAAUGGGCAAGCACUACGUCCCCGUGGGGAACGAAUCAAAUGGGCGGACCACUAGCUGAAGCAUUGAGAUCAUCAUCAACCUCCAAAUCUUCACCUACAAGUGUUCUCCACCAGCUGCGCGGAGCAGCCAGUUUUAUCAGCACCUGAAUAGUUCUCUUUUGAUUUGCUUUCCAUCUAAGUUGUUGUAUGGCACUAAUUUAUCAUCAGCUGGUCUUGAGUAUGCUUCCGUUCUAGUUCAGUGUUGUCCUUGUUGUAAUUUGACUACACGUAAAUUAUAACAAUGUAUAAAGUUCAAUGGUUUGCGCA